CCCUGCGGGCACCGCCCCCUCCCGGGUUCUGAGGCCGCGAGUCGGCCAGUGCGCAUGCCCGGGGCGGGGCGCGGGGCUGGAGCGCGGAGCCGGCGCGGGGGACGGCAUAGCGGAGUCCGCGGUCCGCCCGCCAGCCCUGCCGGAGGCAGCCGAGGCAGCUCGGGCGGCGGCGGUGGUGGUAGCGGUGGCGGUGACGGGAGCCGGAGCGCAGCGCGCCGAGGAGACGGAACGGCGGCACAGCCGGGCUCUCUGUCCCAAUCCUGGACCGUAUCCCGUAUCAGAGAAUUGUGAGCUGAGAACUAAGAAGCCGGCCUCUUCCCGGAGGACUUUUGGAAGGGGUAUGUUACCAGCUGGGCCAUGCCUACCUCUUGGAACCUCAGUUUCCUUCUCUAGAAAAACCAGACAGAAACCUGGGGCCCAAGCAUGGUCAUGAGGGCAGUUGGGCAGCGCUGAAGACCCAGGCUGGCUCCAGCUGCUUUGAAAGGACUCCAGCCCCCCAGGACCCCAGCCCACAGCCCUCUGCUGCCCACAGGAUGGGAGCCUGGGGGCUGGGAGCCUGGCCAUGAGGGACUGCUGCCCCUCCCAGCAAAAGGCCAGCCCUGCACCCCCAAGGCACACCCCUGCCCAAAGCCCAGGCAUGGACUCUAGACACAGCAGCCCCACUGGGGCUGGGGAAAGGGCAUCCUGCUCUGAGGGCCCUGGCAGGAGUUUGGCCUUCCCCUCCCUGACCUGCAUCCCUCCCCAAGAGGCAGCCACCAAGGAGACAUUAGGGACACAUGGAGCCUUGAUCUCAGGGACACCAGAAACCACCUUCUCUGGGAAGCCAGAGCCUGUGUCCUCAGUGAAAACUGAUCCUUCAUCCUCAGAAAACAGAAAUCCUAUGUUAUUACAGAAGAUGGAUUCCAAGUCUUCAAAGCAGGCAGAUUCCAUUUCCAUAGGAAAGGAAGAUGCCGGGUCCUUGAGGAAGGCAGAUCCCAUGUUUACAGGAAAGACAGAGCCUGUAAUCUUGGGGAAAGGGGAUCCUGCGGCUUCUGGAAGGAUGGAUCCUGCGACCCCAAGAAAGGAGGAUCCUGGAUCCUUGGGCAAGGUAGAUCCUGAGUGCUCCAGCAAGGUGGAUACAAUGUCCACAAGGAAGGAGUAUCCUGUAUCCUUGGGCAAAGUGGAUCUUGCAUUCCCAAAAAAGGAGGAGCCCAGGUAUUCAGGAAAAGACCUUCAAGUGUCCUCAGAAGAGGUGGGUCCUGCUUCUGCAGGAAAGACAGAUCUUGUAUCCUUGGGAAAGAGAGAUCCUGAGCUCUCCGAAAAGGUGGAUCCCAUGUCCUUGGAAAACACGGAUUCUGCAUCUGUAGAAAAGACAGAUCCCGGGUCCUUGGGAAUGCUGACUCCAGGGUCUUCAGGCAAAAUCAAGCCUGUAUCCCCUGGAACAGUGGCUCUGGGGUCAUCUGGAAGGGUGGAUCCUACUCACUUAGGGAUGACAGAUCCUGAAUCUAUGGUUAAUGCAGAAACCGUGUCCUCUACAAAAGAGGACCCUCAGUUCCUGGGAAAGAUGGAUCCUGCCUCCUCAGGAAAGCAAGAGUCCAUGUCUAUGAGAAUGACAAAAACCAUGUCUACUGGACAGGUGGAUCCCAUGUUUUCAGGAAAGAUGGAUCCCACAUCUUUGAAAAACAUGGACCCUGUGUCUUCAGGCAAGACGGGUCCAGUUUCUUUGGGAAAAGUGGAUCCUGUGUCCUCAGGAAAGCCAAAGGCCUUGUCUCCUGGGCAGGCAGAACUGAUGUCUGUGGGAAAGACAGAAACUGCAUCCUCAAGAAAGGAGGACCCCGUGUCCUCCAGAAAGGGGGAUCCCAUUUCUGUGGGAAAUACAAAAGCAUCAUCUUCUGGAAAAGUGAAUCCUGAAUCAUCAGGAAAGAUAGACCCUGUGUCCUCAGGUCCAGCGGGUCCCCCAUCCUCUGUAAAAGCUGAGGCAGUGACAGGAGGAAAAGCAGAUCCACUAUCUUCAGAAAAGUCAGGUCCUGUGGCCCCUGGAAAGGUGGGUCUCAUGGCCUCAGGGAAGGCUGAUCCCCCCACCUUGGGUAAAGUGGACCCUGUAUGCAAGGGAAAGGCAGAAACUGUUCCCCCUGGAGACAUGGACUCCGAGUCUGCAGGAAAGGUGGCCCCCACAACCCUAGGAAAAACAGUCCAGGCAUCCUUGGGAAAAGCAGAAGCUGUCCCAGAGGGAAAGGUGGAUCCUCCACCUCUAGAGAAGGGCAAUCCUAUGAAUUCCACGAAGGUGGAUCCCAGGGCCUCAGGGAAAGCAGAACCCAAGUCUGAGGGCAAAGCAGAAACAAGGCCCCCUGGGCAGGAGGGCACUGCCUCAUCAGGAAAAGCAGAGGCUAAAUCUUUGCAGAAGGAGAAGCCGCUGACCUCGGAGAAGGGGGAUCCUGGAUCCUCUAUCGUCUCUGGGAAGUUGGAGCCUGUAGCCCUGGGGAAGACUGACUCUGCGCCUCAGAGAAAAGGGGAACCCCCAUCCUCAGGGAAGCGGGCCCACCUGACUCUGGAGAAGGCGGAGGCCUCUUCCACGCAGGCAGAUGACAAACCCUGCGGCUCCGCUUCUCACCCCGCGGAUAGCGGGGGUCGCGUGGAGCCAGCGCCACUGCCCAGCUCCGAGGCCUGCAGCCUUGGCCAGAAGGACCCGGUGGCCACUAGGGCCGAGAGAAGCCCGGGCCUGGAGGCCGUAGCGCCGUCGCCGGGGCCGCGAACUCGCGACAACUUCACCAAGGCGCCGUCGUGGGAGGCGAGCGCCACGCCGCCACGCGAGGACGCGGGCACGCAGGCGGGCUCGCAGGCCUGCGUGUCGGUGGCCGUGAGCCCCAUGUCUCCGCAGGACGGCGGGGGCGGCUCGGCUUUCAGCUUCCAGGCGGCGCCACGCGCACCCAGCCCCGCGCCCAGGCCGCCCUCUCGCCGGGACGCGGGCCUACAGGUGUCCCUGGGCGCUGCCGAGACGCGCUCCGUGGCCACCGAGCCCAUGACGCCGCAGGCCGCCGCGCCGCCCGCCUUCCCCGAAGUGCGGGUGCGGCCGGGCUCCGCACUGGCGGCCGCCGUGGCGCCCCCAGAGGCCGCUGAGCCGGUGCGCGACGUGAGCUGGGACGAAAAGGGCAUGACGUGGGAGGUGUACGGCGCCGCCAUGGAGGUGGAGGUGCUGGGCAUGGCCAUCCAGAAGCAUCUGGAGCGACAGAUCGAGGAGCACGGCCGCCAAGCGGCGCCCGCGCCGCCGCCCGCCCCGCGCCAAGGCCCGGGCCGUGUGGGCUCCGUGCGCACCGCGCCCCCAGAGGGCGCAGCGAAGCGCCCGCCCGGCCUCUUCCGCGCGCUGCUGCAGAGUGUGCGCCGGCCGCGGUGCUGCUCACGGGCCGGACCCACGGCCGAGUGAUCUGCUCCCCUUUUGUACGCCCGGGUUUCCAACCUUCUCAGGCUCCCUUCUUGACCCCAGACCCCUAGAAGGGAUCCCCUCGACGCGUGACAGGCCUCCGAGGGGCGGGCAGCCUCUAGGGUCUUAUCCUGUCUUUCCAGUCCCCUCCCCUCCUAAACACACAAAUGAACGCCCUCUACCCGGCUCCCUCGUGGUCAUGAGCCCACGAACCCAGCCCUGACACCCCACUGUCCCCUCACAGCCCUCAGUUCCACCCCCUCCCGGUCACACUGGGCGACCUCUGGGGACCUGCUCAGCACCCACGCUCCCAGCCCUGAGAGCUGAGGCAGGCUCCUGAGAUGUCCAGACUGGUGCACUGUGGUCCCCAGCGGCGGCCAGGUCCCCAGAACGGGAGAGACUGUGUACAGAAACCCCAAGUGUGCAAGGAUUGACAUGUGAGACCCCCGAUGUGCAAGGCCCCGGGUGUAUGCGAGUGCAUGUCCAUGCAGCGGGCUGGCCCCAUGGCCUGGGCAUCUCUUGCAUGCUGGUAGUUGUCCCCAGUUCCUGUCUCCCCCUCACCUGGCCCAAUCCCCAACCCUAUCCCCACCCCCACUGGACACUGGUUCACAAUUCCCAGACAGGCCAAAGGCAGCUGCAGGAGUGCCCUGGGGGCGCAGCUGAAAGAGUCACAGAAAGGGGAGAGGGCUCAGACAGGUCCGGGGAUCACAGUCAGAGGCUCACAGACAGCCUGGGUGACAGCUGGUCUUGGGUAUUGCGGGCAGGAUGGAGAGCUCAUUCUACAACCACAGUAGUCCCUGAAAGACCACCCUCUCCAGCCCUCCGUCCCCCAGUGCUGUGAGCCCCACAAGUCCCUUGUGACAACUCAGUACCCGUGCCCCACCCCUCCAGCCGCGGUUUUUGG